AUGGCAGUCAUACAUCGUUGCCUUGUCCUUCUUUUAGGCCUCGGCAUAUCGCUCGCUAAUGCCCAGAAACUUCAUCACUCAUGCGCCGAGUUGAAGGGAAAGAACUCGGAGGGUGUCGAGACUAACUAUGGGGAUGUACGAGGAUCAAUCGCAGUUGCCAUCCAAGAAGUCGGUGCCAUCGCAGAAACCGCACGCGACUAUAUGAGCAAGGCUGCCGAAAACAGCGGCGACGACUUCGAUAUCAAAAGGACUGUCAACUCCUUCUAUGCGUUCCAGGGAGAGAAGGACGGCGCCGAGAUGAGCUCGCAGGGGCGCUGGAAUCUGGCUUUGCGAAAUCUCGAGACGAUCAAAGAUUAUGUGGACAAUCGAAAUACGCGGGAUCCUCCCUUCCUGUGCGGCGACGGACACCUGACCAAAUUCACGCACUAUGAGAACGGCGAACGAAUCCAAGCCCAAGACCACGAUGGGAAUGCCUUUGAUACCUAUAUGUAUUUUGACGGGUUCAGCGGGGAAUGGUGGGCAAUCGCCGAGCCCGCAUGCGAGGAUGACCCAGGGACUAUCGCCAUCACUCACCCCGGCGGAUAUAUCCAAGUCUGCCCUUCGGCCUUUUCAUUCGCGCAGAUGACGGCUCCUCGGGAUACGAUUGACUCGGAUAAGAGCGAGGAUUCCAAGAUCGACUGGAGUGACAAAGAGUACGAGGGUGACUAUCGGCAGUCCCUGGACUACUGGGCCACUCCUCUCAGCUACAGCAUGUUCCAUGAGCUCACCCAUUUCCUGCUUGGUUAUGAUGACUAUAAAAUCUCGGAGCCGGUCAGCUGGAUUGGCGGCACAGUCGACAAGGCCUACAAGUUCAACGGAGCCACGCAGUUGGUGAAGGAAGAUAUUGACAAAGUUCCUAACAACGUUGAUAAUCUGGGAAUGAUGGCACUUUCUCUCUUUAUGAAAUCCUGUAACUGGAGCUCAGGUCGUGCCAGAGGGAAGGAGAGUAAAGAUGAGUAG